CGAGCAUUCAGCAGUAUUCAGCGAGUAGUUAUCGAAGGCGGUCGUAGUCCUAGAGGGAUUUUUGAGCUAUUUUUGCAAUGUCGCAGGCAGUAAAGACGGAAACGCCCAAGGAAGCAAAUGGUGUGGCUACAAAAGCCACAAAUGGAAAGUUGGAGGUGCCAAUGAGACCCAGGCAUGUCUCGGGAGGAGUUGAGGAGAUCAUCGACCCCUUCUGCAAUCCUGAGCAACCGCAACGCAUUUCCUUCCACGAUGUCACAUCGGCUGCUUUUCUCAUCCGUGGCGGAGUCGAACGCACUCCCUGUCCGAAAGCCACAUCAUCCGAUCUAUAUGGCAUGGAGCUGUAUCUGAAAAAGGAUUUUCUGCAGUACACAGGCAGCUUCAAGGAGCGUGGCGCACGCUAUGCGUUGUUAUCAUUAACUGAGGAGCAAAAGCGAACGGGAGUGAUCAGUGCCUCCUUGGGCAAUCAUGCCCAGGCAUUGUGCUAUCAUGGCUGGAAACUAGGCAUUCCAGUCACCGUGGUGAUGCCCAAGGCGGCGCCCAUCAUGAAGAUCCAGAAGUGCCGCAACUACAAGGCCCGCGUCAUCGUGGAUGGCAACGACAUGGGCGAGGCCAAGUCCCUGGCCAUGCGGAUGUCCCGCGAAGAGGGACUACUGUACGUAAAUGGCUACGAUCAUCCGCACAUCAUGGCCGGCCAGGGAACCAUUGGCCUGGAGAUACUCGAGCAGGUGUCAGAACCGGAUGCAGUGGUGGUUCCGGUGGGCGGAGGUGGAUUGAUUGCGGGAAUUGCCACGGCUGUGAAGGCACUUUCCUCCAAAACUAAGAUUAUUGGUGUGGAAUCGGAGAAAUGCGCCAGCUUCACCCGGGCCAUGGAAAACAACGGACCCAUUCACACGCCCAUCAAGAACACACUGGCCGAUGGUCUGGCAGUGCCCAAAGUUGGCUAUAAUGCCUACGCCACGGCCAUGCCCCUGAUCGAUCGCAUGGUGGUGGUCAAGGAGGAGUGGAUCGCAGUGGCCAUCCUCCGGCUGGUGGAGGAGGAGAAGUGCGUCGUCGAGGGAGCGGGUGGAGCAGGCUUAGCGGCCAUUUUGGCCGGCCAUCUCGAUGAGCUCAAGGGAAAGAAGGUUGUGGUUCUUCUCUGUGGAGGCAAUAUAGACACCACCGUUUUUGGACGUUGCCUGGAACGAGGUUUGGCCGCCGUGGGUCGUCUGGUCAAGUUUAAUGUGGAGGUCAGCGAUCGUCCCGGUGGAAUCAACGAUCUGUGCGCCCUGCUAGUUCGCGUGGGAGUCUCGAUCAAGGAUAUUAUGCACGAGAGGGCCUGGCUGAGGGAUAUCUAUACCGUCGAAGUCAAGGUCGUUUGCGAAACAGUGGACUGGAGCCACAGUCUGGAGCUGAAGAACGAGCUCAAGAAGUUCUAUUCCAAAGUUCAGUUCUCCGAUGUCCCUCUAGCCCUCACAAAUGAUUCCGAUUCGUAG